AACCCGCUCCCAACCAUAGCCGCCUCUGCCCGCCUCUCCUCCUCUCUCUCAUCCCGCGCCCUCCCUCUCCUCUCACGCCGCCGCCGCCGCCUCCCCCUCCCGCCGCCGCUGUGCCCGCCGUCGCCGCCCCUCCCUCUCCCCUCCUCCCUCUCCCGUCCUCCUCCUCCGCGGCCGGUCCACUCUCCGCCCUUCGCCGCCUCCGCCGGCCACCACCGCCCCAGUCCACGCCUCGCGUCGCCGCCCCCCACCCCCGUCCUCGGCCCGUCGCGAGCGACCUCCGCCUCCGGCCUCCUCCGACGGUCGACGUCCGGAUCCGGCCUCCGUGUGGUCAGGGCACGCGGAUCUGACCACCCGCGUCCCCUCCUCGCCUCACCCUCUCCCUCUCCCUCUUCCCUCCCUCUCUGACCGCCCCCGUCCAAAUCCGACUUCGGCCGCCGCUGCUCCUGGUGCUGCAGAUCGAGGGACGGCUCAAGAUGCCGAGCUUCGUGGUGGCACACAUCGGUGGCGGUCUGGGCGUAUGACAUCCAUGAUGGCAGGGGCUACUGGCCUCGCCGCCCUCGUCGCCGUCCUCAACCUGCCGUCAUCGUCACCGUUGUCUUCAACUUGCCGGUCUAGGUAAUAGUCUAUGCUCAGAGGUUUUUAAAUAUACAUCACAGAUACAUGUACAGCAUUCUGAACGAUUCAGUACUGUUCAAAUAAUUAUAUAAAACUGGAAUUUUAAUACGAUAUGCUGACAAUUAAAAUUUUGGAUGUCUACCACAAUACAUCUAGACCACCUUAUUGUAUCUGCAUACUGGAUAUAUAAUAUUUGCAGGGGAAGAAUUUCACAUGGUUGAAAGGGUCAAUUUAGCAGUGAUACAUAGUAUUUUCGGUUGAAUUGGUUAAGGUGUCGCUUUAUAUGUUUUCAACUCGCAUAUAGUUCUUUCAUGUUAGUUUUUAAAAAGUUUAUUUCUUGUGACAUGUCUGUGACUUAAAAAUGAUCACAUGAUGACAAUGUGUUUGGAUGAAAGUAAUCAUAGAGGCUCAUAUUUUGGAUGACUGCAGCACAGUGAAUGUUGUUUCUAGAAGUAAUUAAAUAUUGACUGCAAAAAAUAGAGGUAUGAAACUUUCAUUUUGUUAUUCAAUAUCUCUGAAAUUCCUGUUCGUCCAAUCAGGAAAAGCAUGUUGUUGCCUUGUUGGCUGUGUGCAUGAUUGUGUGUUUGUAGUGUCGAAUUCAUGUAAAAUAUGGUCACACUUGCUUUUACAUUUUAAUGGAUAAAUAAUAGUCUUGCAUACAAGUAAUCCGAUACAAUGAGAUAUGGGGUGCUGUUGGACUUUAUACAAUGAUCGACGCCAAUGGGUUGGCGUUGGCGGUGAGGAGCACGGUGACGACGCGCUCGAGUAUAUGCGUGUGGAAACCAGCGGAAGUUGCAAUCAGCGGUGGCGGUAGUGAGGACCACCUCAGCGCAUGGUUAUUACCAUGCUCAUUGAGUUACAUGGUGGCCUACUUCUCUACCACAGCGGCGGUGUCGGCAACCAGAUCUGAGAGUGAUUGUCGGGGCCAAACCUAUGGUGGCUCGUCGCUGAGCUGGUGUCGUUCAUGGAGGCAUCGAGUGGAAAGCGGUGGCCAGAGCAGAAGGACCUGGCGUGUUGCAUGUGCGCCAGCCACUGGCGGUGCGAGGCCAUGGCAACCGUCAUGCUGCCGCUGUCCAGGGGUGGCUCUUCUGCAGGCGAUGAAAAGGGCAGUGGCAACAUCAAUGUAUCGACGAACGUAAUGUGCUUGCUGGCCUAGUAGACAUGAACACAUAUCACUAAGAGGGAGUGAAACGGUGUUGACGAGUAGCCUGCUUUUGGGUUAGUUCUUGAUCAAGCUAAAAUGCACUUCUUUUUCUUCAUCGGUAUAAAGGGCACCCUUUUUUCCUUGCAACAUUUUCAUAUGCACCCUAUAUUGGCCACACCACCAUCAUCCAUAGCCAAGUAGUAUGCUCAUGUGCAAAUUCUGCAGGGAUCAAAUAAAUGUCAUUUCCCCUGGCCCUAUCCAUUAUUUGGCUAUCUCGUGUACUUGAUGCAGAUUUUUAAUUUCUUAUUGCUGCCUGAACUAUUUCUUUUGGA